AAAAUCUAUUUAAAAUGUUCUUUUUUCUAGUUUGUUUAUUUUGACAUGCUUGUCAGCGGCUGAAGCGAUAUUUUUUGGUCCUAUUGCUGUUGGUUUGGCCAGUGGUAUUCUUUCUUUAUUCGGCGGAAGACGAUAUGGUGCAUCAUUGGUCAGAUCCAGGAGUCACGGUCACCAUGGGACAUACCACAGUUAUCAACCCAGUCAUCACUACGACCAUCAUCAUUCAAGAUCAAACAAUUAUUAUACCAGACCACAACCGUACUACUACAGCUCUGAUAGAUAUCACCAUCACAGAGGGAAGCGUAGUAUUGUUGCAGAGUUCACUCAUGAACAAGUCCUUAGAAUAAAGAGAGAAACUGAAGUUUUUGAUCUUGAUAAAUGGACUGCCGAAAUGACCAGCAAGGAUCAGGACGAUUGCAGCAAAAAGUUAGUGUGUGAGCUGUCAGCCAAAUACAUAACUAAUAAGAAAAGUAUGACUGAUAACGAGAUUAUUAUCAGUGAAACCUUCAACAAGGAAAUUGAUGUUAAAUCUGGAGGGGUUCAGCUGACCCUGGCGGCCCAAGUUGGAAUCAAGCAGGGACAGAAAAUGUGCAAGGAAUAUUAUGAAAGAUGUGGAACUAGCGUGGAGGAUAUUAUUGCUAUGGUUGAUGUUGAGAUGGAAGACUUAAACAGAAUUGAAAAGGAACUUAAAGGAUUAACAGAAGAGGAAAUUGAAGCGGAUAUGGAGAGAGAAAAGGAAGAACUCAAAAAGGUUUUAGUUGAUGCUGGAGUAGACCUGGAGAAGAUUUGGGACUAAACCUACCCCUGCAGAAGGUUGAGACCUAAACCUAACCCUGAGAAAGGGUUUGGAGAGAGCAGAAAUCUCAAAUUUUAUUAUAUGUAUAUUGUUGAAAAUAAUUAUGAUAAAUUGUUAAAUAUAUAAAAUAAGAUUUGUUUC